GAUUCGUCAUGAAUAUAUUUCAGUGUAUGUGCAGGUGUUGCUAGUCGGUAUGCGCUGCCACUCAGUACGGUGUUAAACAAUGAAGACGUAUUAAAGGGCCACUAAGUCCUGAAAUCCCAGAAGAUUUCACGUUAUGAAUUGUUUACUUAUCCUAUUUCAUUGCAAACAUCUGGUUGAAAGGAAACCAACCUAAAAUGUUCUAUCCAGCAAAAUGUAUUAUUGAAUUCAGUCGUUGUUUGUAUUUGGUGUGGCUAUGGCAAUGAUGAUUACUGUAGCCAUGGUAACGGACUGAAACACUGUUGACGAGUGUGACACGUUGCUCAUAUUGCUGUUCCACAGCGCGGCGUUGUCAUUUCGAGCCAGCCAGUGAUUCUCGCCGUUUCACAGCCAAGUCCGGUCGCAGAAAUAUUGACACUUUGUAAACUUGAGUGACUGAAAAGCGAACGUUUUGAAUUGUCCGCUCAUCAUGGCGUUUAUGUCCGGAUUGUUUGCCAUUGAGGUUGCCAUUUUAUCGAUGAGGGCUCUCUCUGAGUCAGAUUUCUGCCCCACUCGAUGCCCUGUCAAAUGUUCUUGCCCGCCAGAGUGGCAAUUGUGGGGGAACGGGUGUUAUCACCUCACUUCCUCAAAGUAUAAUUGGGAUGACGCCAAGACAGCUUGCCAAGACCUUGGAGGCAAGAUGGCCGCUCCUCGCUCGCUCGAGGAACUGAAGUUUAUGGCAGAACUGGCACGAAAGGUGUACAUUAACUUCUACGCCUGGAUUGCUUGCAAUGACAGAGAUGUUGAAGGAAUUUGGGAGUGUGACGGUCAGGAAGGAGGCGAGCCUAGAUUGGUAUGGGCUGAUGGGCAACCAGAUAAUGGUAAAGGGGACAAUCAAGAUUGUGUUCAUAUAUCCGCACAUUUUAAUGACAGGAUGGAUGAUACAGGCUGUGGGGUUAAGAUGAAGGCUUUUUGUGUUCGUCAGGCAGCUUGCACUCAUCUCUUAACCCAACCCCGUCGAUACUGCCUCUCUACCGACACCCACGGCCGCGUUCUCAAUUCAACCUGCCUCCUUGAUCACAGCAUCCGGGAGUUUAUCACCCAGAGCGUGGUCGCCUGUGGCUCGGCCUGCGCCCAAGAACCCGGAUGCCGCUCUUUCAACAUCAAGAAAACCGAAGAUGGGAAGAAAAUAUGCCAGCUGAACAACAGCACAAGAUCCGAAGAUAAGGACAAGUUUCAGAAGACUGAUUAUUUCUGUACUAUGUUCUCAGAAGAAAUGUGCUCUGGCCUGUCAUAAUAAAAAAUAGAACAAUUUCAGAGAUUUGCACUCUACGAACUUGUGAAUUCGGAUUUGGUCUUAGAUGAUGAAACAUUCGCGAGACAUUUGUCCUUAAUAUUUAGAUCACGUGGCAACUAUUUCAUUUUCUUUCGUUCUGAAGAGAAACAAAAGCUUU